AGAGGAAGUAGCGGCGUGAGCGAGAGCCGGCGGUGACCCGGGCAACAGCGGUGACCGAACGAGGGGAGGGGAAGGUGGUGGCGGCGGAUUGCUGCCACUCCGCGCCGGAGUUGGCGGUUAGAGGCGGGACCGGCAGCCGGGUACAGGAGUCAGAAUCGCUUGGAUUCAACACUGCGAGUCCCACCAUGGGGUUGUCUGCAUCCACCCCUGCUGCUUCGGUUCAGACCUCUACCCCUGCUGCUUCAGAUCAUCAGACAGCAGCCCCAACGUCUGGAUGCCCAAUGCAUGAAGGGAAAGUGAAAGGCUGUCCAGUGAAUGCCGAGCCAUCAGACUCAACCUGUGGGAGCAAAACGAGCUCUGUGCCUGCACACCAGGAGCGCGCCUAUGAGUACGUGCAGUGUCCCAUCACCGGCGCCAAGGCUGGGAACAAGGAGAACCUGGAUCCUUCGAACCUGAUGCCACCUCCUAAUCAAACACCAGCCCCCGACCAGCCGUUUCCACUAUCUACUGUGAGAGAGGAAUCGUCUAUUCCGAGGGCAGGUUCAGAUAAAAAGUGGGUUUAUCCUUCUGAGCAGAUGUUCUGGAAUGCGAUGUUAAGGAAAGGGUGGAAAUGGAAGGAUGAGGAUAUUAGUCAGAAAGACAUGUAUAACAUCAUUAGGAUUCACAACCAGAAUAAUGAGCAAGCUUGGAAGGAGAUUUUGAAAUGGGAAGCCCUUCACGCUGCUGAGUGUCCUUGUGGUCCAUCCCUGAUCCGGUUUGGAGGCAAAGCCAAAGAGUAUUCACCACGGGCAAGAAUUCGCUCCUGGAUGGGGUACGAGCUGCCUUUCGACAGGCAUGACUGGAUCAUCAACCGUUGCGGGACAGAAGUAAGAUAUGUCAUUGACUACUACGAUGGUGGUGAGGUCAACCAAGACUACCAGUUCACCAUUCUGGACGUGCGGCCCGCUUUGGAUUCGCUCUCGGCCGUAUGGGACCGGAUGAAGGUGGCCUGGUGGCGCUGGACUUCCUAAGCACUGCUUUGUCAGAGAUGAGAAAAUAGAAACAAAUUUUUUUUCUGAGAAGUACAUUAAACUAUUUUCCCCAAACUGAAUUGCACUCCUGAUGUAACAGGGAUGUCCAAGGGGUCACCCUACCUUCUAUACCACUUAGCAAAGGGUACUCAGCAUGUGCUCUUCUGAGUUCCGUUUGUACCUUACAGUUGACGGCACAUCAUUUUAAGUUUUCUUCCCAUGUAGAGAAGUGGUAGGCCCUCUGAGUUUUUCCUUUAACUGCAGUAUUGUCUGUGUAUUUGAUCUAAAAAGUCUAAGCUUCUGCAAAGACCUUUGCUGAAAAUAUGAAGAGAGCUGCUCUUUUCCCUCCCUGUUUUAAAUACUGAUGCAUAGACCUGAAAGCCCACGGGAUGCUCAGCUUUGACCUGGUCCAGUAUUUUAUUUAAAAGUGUUCUGUUAGGCUUUUUUAUACGAGUUACCAGCAUUUCUCAAGUCCAUCAAAUAUAGUGGUGACCCCUGAAGAAAAUACAGCCACACACUGGCAAUGUACUCAGCCAAGCUGAGGUGUGUGUGUCUUGCCCUCCAAAUUCUUGCUGUUGUGAUUUCUUUUUUCAGACUGGACCUUGAUCCAGAAUAAUUUCAACUCCCCUACAACUUAAUGGCACACAUGUGUUGGGAGUAUGUGUCUUAACUUUUUAAGUAUUUUCCUUUUAAUUCCCAUUGUUCUGACAUGUAACUGUGUUCCAUGUAAGCAGGCUUCACUGUUCUGGCAUUUGACAACUUACUCCCAUUCUGGAGUUCAUCCCUUCCCCUGCCUAAAGCCUUCCUCUUGUCUGCCUCGCCUGAACCUUGAAGAUCUGGCUGAAAUCACAACGCUAGGGAUGGUCCUGCUCUAAAACAUGGUAUAUUAUCCAUUGCUAGAAUUCACAAGGAGAAUAUUUUUCCCAAAUGUAGAAUGGUUACAUCAGCUCACUCUUCAUUCACAUCUGUUUUUUAAGGGAUUUCUAAGUUUGCCACUGAAAUUCUUUGUAUCAGUCACCCACACACUGGUUGUUCAGUUUACAGCAGCAUGAUACGACUGUUGGUUUUUGUUUUAAGUGUUUAUAGUAUUAACUCAUUUAUCCUGAAUAUCGUGGAGUUAAGUUGGUACAUGAACUUAGCAGUCUGGAGUGAUUCAUUUGGUAUGAAUGGUGUGUCUGUGUGGAGUUUCAAAAAUCCAACAACCUUAAACUACGUUUCAAAAUAUUUGUGUAUUUUCAAAGAAAAUAAAACUGAAACUUAACAGGUUUUGAAAAUCUA